CUCCUCUUUUAUUUAAACAUUUUUAUUUAAUUAGCAUGGUGUUUUGUACAAAGUUAAGCAAGCCCAUUCAAAGAAAAGUAGUUGUUGUAGGUGAUGGUGCCUGUGGGAAAACAUCUCUUUUGAACGUAUUCACUCGAGGCUAUUUUCCUCAGGUUUACGAACCAACCGUAUUCGAGAAUUACAUUCAGGAUGUGAUUGUUGACGGUAAGACAAUCGAAUUAUCAAUCUGGGAUACAGCAGGUCAAGAAGAGUUUGAUCGUUUAAGAUCUUUAUCCUACAAUGAUACACAUGUCAUUAUUGUAUGUUUUUCGAUCGAUAAUAAAGAUUCCUUGGAAAAUAUACCAAACAAAUGGAUCGAAGAAUUGCAAGAGGGAUGUCCACAAGCAAAGACAAUAUUGGUGGCUCUUAAAUGUGAUUUAAGAGAUGAUGAAGUCGCAUUAAAAAAAAUAAGACCCAUUUUGUAUGAAGAGGGCUUGGAAGUAGCUAAAAGCAUCCAUGCGAUCCGAUACCUUGAAUGUUCUGCAAAACAUAAUCGUGGUGUAAAAGAAUGCUUUGAACAAGCUGCUAAAGUCUCGACUUCAGUACAUUUAAAUGAAGAUUCCGAAAAACAAUCUUGCAUCAUACUUUAAGAAACGAUUUUCUUUUAUCACUAUACCCCUCCUCUCUUAAUAAUAAUAAAAAAAAACCUCUUUUCUUCCAUGUAAUGUAAUGUGGGUAUGUUGCAUGGCAACUAAA